AUGAGACUCAAAAUUAAGCAACACGUUUUCAAGGGCCCCCUCGUCCUUUCCAUACUCUAUUACAUUCUAGAGAGCUUCUUGGGCAACCGAGGUGUGGCAAGUACCCAUGAUGGUUAUGGGCCACCCGAAAUGGAGCUUGGAAACGAAGCGGGUGGAAGAAGGAAAGGUAGGGUGGAUUUGUGGGUUGUGAGUGGUGGUUAUGGUGGUGGCGACGACGGAUUUUGCUGCAUUGCGGGAAGAUGGAGGGAGAGGGGGUUUGGUAAGAGAGACUCUUUGAUUAGCGAGUCCAUAUUUGGUGGGGGCUUUGGUGGUGGGUAA